AUGGCAGUUCUAAGAGAUCGCCCCAUGAAUGAGUUUCAAAACGAGUCUCGUGUUUCGGCCAUAUCUGUCCCUGUUCUUAUCACAGACACAUUCACGCCGCGACUUACGAGGAGGAUGGACUGUUGUGCAUUGGUCUCCCUUAUCGUGUUAGCUUGUUUUAUGGGACAAGCUUAUGGGGACGAUGAUCGUGGAAGAGGUCUAGGAGAGAAAUUUGACUGGCACACCUUGGAGGAAGGCCUAAAGAUAUCAGAAACAACAGGCAAACCAUUAAUGCUUAUAAUACACAAGUCAUGGUGUGGAGCAUGUAAAAAAUACCCCGAUGGAGGGUACAUUCCACGCAUCCUCUUCUUAGAUUCGGAAGGCAACGUCCAUCCAGAACUGUAUAAUGUAAAUGGAAAUUCCAAGUACAAAUAUUUCUACUUUGAUGAUAAGUCUGUAGUAGCAUCAAUGAAGGAAGCAAUCAAGGCAUUAUCUCCAGCAUCAAGAGGAGAAGAGCUGUAGAGUGUGACAUAGCAUGAAUUUGUAUGCAAAGCCUUAUAUUUUAUCCAUGACUGAUAUUCCAAGAGAAUGUAAAUGAGUUAAAGAUGGCUAACUUUACUAUUUUUUUAUUCUUUUUUUUAUAUUACUAUGCUUUUAUUUUUCUUAAUAGAUGUAACUAUUUUGUAAUAGAUAACAGACCUUGUCAUGUCUUAUAUUUUAGUGCAAUACCAAAGAGAACUUUAUCCAGCUUUUAGACUUUUAAAAGCAAUGAAUAGUUGUUUUAGCUUACUUUUUGUUCCUUACUUUUAUCAGAUUAUAUGUAUAUUACCAUAAUUAUUUCAUUUUGUGUGGAGAAGACUACAUAAAUUUGAUUAAAAAAGGGUGGAUUUUUUUGCUAAAAAGG